AUGGAGACAUAUGCUUUUCUACCCAGGGAGGCGGUGACAGCGUUUUUGAUGGGAUGUCCUCAGUGCAGCACUAAUAACCCUACCUCGGCGUCUGCGAUCGAUGCGUCCRUUGACCAUCUACAACAAACUGCAAUUUCUGUUACUAACGCUGAACUUUUUCACUGCGCUAAUGAGCAAUGGUCGUCAUCUACGUUCGCGUGUUCUACUCCGGUAAAACAGAACGAAGAAAGCAGUAGUGUUGUAAAAACGGAUUCUAGUGAUGCGCAUUCAACUGUCGCCAUUAAAAUAGCCACGGGCGCCGAUAAGGAGAAUUUUACGGAUAACGAAUGUCACAUCGCUGUGGUUGCUGAGACGAAGAGCGGCAACAAGCGUAAACGUACUGUUCCGUUGAAACGUAACAUUCGUCAACCGUGUAAAGUCAUAGAAGUCCCUACUGCCGCUACCACUACAGGCGGUAACUCAAGCUCGGGAAGUAGCACUUUGAAGAAUAGUAGCAACAGCAGCUGUACGCUUAUAUUGUCGUCAUCGUCGUCAUCGUUGUCGUCCCGUACGGAAUCGUGUAGUGGUAGUAGAUCGAGUGGCGGUUGGUGGUCAAAAUGGGGAGUGUGUAGUAACGGUAGCAGAUUAAGCGUGAGUGUAGGUGGCAGUGAUUUUAGUGGCGUCAACAGUAAUAUGCAACCGUUAGACUUGUCCUCUUCACCACUAUUAACAGUUUCACCCGCGCAAACGACGAUCCGAUCUUCGUCGUCUCCGUCCGUAGUCUCAGAUGAUUUUUUUUACAAGCGUAAACGCGUACGACGUCGACGUGUUCGACCUAAACGUUUGAACCGGCCAUCAUUAGGUUAUCGUGGAGGUCAUUACGAAGACGAAGACACGACAAUGAGUGAUCGUGAUGGUGAUUUYGGGGUUGUAAGAAACAGUUAUCGAGAUGGCAGUAAUGAUGAUGUUGGUGUUAAAGAAGAGGUUGAUGGAAAUAUUACAGAUGAACUACAAAGCGUGGUGAUAGGAGAAAAGGUUGGAAGUAGAGAGUUGGAUGAAGAAGAUGAUGGUCCUAAACCAGCUAAAAUGCAGAAAAGAAUGGGUGAAGGACUGGGUGAUCGUAAAAAUAACAACAACAAUGACGAAUAUUAUGACAAAGCGACAUCUGUGGUGACGUCAGCGGCAAAAACGACGGUGGCGGCUAUAAGCUGUUGUAUUGGUGACAGCGGCCAAAAAAUAACUGAGGACUCUGUAUCUAAGAAUUUAGUGAUGGCAAUAUCAGCGGAAGAGACGUCAGAAAUACAAGAAGGAUCCACUGAAAUAGACGGAACUGAAGAGGACGAAUCGGACAAAAACCAAGAAAAGAGUGCAGCUCUGCAUUCGCCUAUAAACAAAAGGAUUAAUGGGAAUGGUCACCAUCCUUAUAAUAUGCAUCAUACAUCCAGGAGUAUCAUGAAUGGCCUUGCAACGUCUUCAUCAGCAUCAUCACUUUCGAAGUCAUUGGACACAAUUACCACUAGUAGUAAUAGUCAUCAUAAUUUCCACCGCCAUUGGUUAGACAUGGCAAACGAUUCUGUAAAUAACACUAAUAUGAUGGAUGUGGAUGGAUCGGCGGAUGACAACUCUAUGGCGGCCGCUGCAGCCGCGGCUGCUGCUGCUYUGCUCUUUAGCCCUCCGUCGUCCGUCGGCAGUGGUAUAUCACCAGGUGGACCAUUGUCAUCCUUACACCCCAACUCGCAUCUUGCCCAUCACCACACUUUGUCGCCACUGACACCGCUCGCUAUGCCACCUCAUUCAGCUGCGGGUAUUGGGUUAACACCUGCGCAUCACCAUCAUCACCAGCACAUCCAACAGCAGUUACAACAGUAUGCAGCGGCUGCUGUUGCUGCAGCUACAGCAGCAGCCGCAGCUGCGGCUGCCGCAUCUUCAGCAGGUGAUUCGACAUCACCACCCCCAAAUUUGCCGCUAUCUUUACCUCCAAUGGCACAUCACUACAGCCAAAAUAAUAACAUAAGUGGUACGAAUAAACGUCGAAAUACCAGUGGUACUGGCUUGACGGUACAACAACAAUUAUACCGUAGAAGUGGAACUCCUACGUCCUCUACUACAUCAUCACCUUCACCAAGACUAUUAAAUUCCAAAAAUGACGCUGAUACAACUACAAGUGGUACUGGUUUGCAUGAAAACAGCAGCUUUUCGACUUCGGGACUUCCAACUACUACGACGACUGUGCUUUGGCCACCUUUGGGACUCCUUACUGCAGCACAUCAGCAGCAUCAUCACAGUAUGACAUCGCCUCCAAAAUUUCAACAACUUUUUGGUUCGUCGGUUAAUUCUAUGGCCACAGUUACAGCUGGAUCACAAGUUCUACCAGCAUUGCCACCACCACCAAUAUCAUCUCCUUCGUCUUCAUAUCGACUACCGUCUAAAGAAACAAAUGGUAUAAUAGUAACUACCACCAAUGGUACAAGUGUUACUGGUAACGAUAUUGGAAUCGGAACUGGUGGGGAGAAUGUAAURAACGCAGAUGAAGAUGACACAGCAAUUGAUGACGAGGAAGAUGAAGAAGAUGAAGAAGACGAAGAAGAAGAAGAGGAGGACCUUGAUGAUGACGAUAUCGAAGAAGGGGAAGAAGAUGCUGAUGAAGAAGAAGGAGAAAGGAAUGCAGAUGGUGGUGAUGGAAAUGGUGCACAAACGCGGCGAUUGCGCAGGCAACAAGUCAGACGUUUACGACAACUACAACGUGCUGCUAACGGAAAUAACAACACAAGUGACGGCACUGAUUCUGGCAUUACUACAAGCUACCGCCAACAUUGGCAACAACCUUCUACUACCACAACUUCUGCCAACUCUCUAUCACAACAGCAACAUCAGCAUUCUAUCGGAACGUCUUCUCAAYAUCAUAUAGAUCCUGAACGUUUAAAAGCAUUCAACAUGUUUGUCCGGUUAUUUGUGGAUGAAAAUUUAGACAGACAGGUACCUAUUAGCAGACAACCCAAAGAUAAGGUACAGGCGAUUAUUGACUCUUGUGGACGUCAGUUUCCUGAACUUUCAGAUAGGUCACGUAAACGCAUCAGAACCUAUUUAAAAUCAUGUCGUCGCAAUAAGCGAAACACACCACAAUCUGGCGGUGUUGUUUCAUCAUCGCCUCCUCCACCCACUAAUCCAUGGCCAGCAAAUGGUUCUUCUUCUGAUCCAACAGUGCAGCCGCAAAGACCCACACCUGCCCAUUUAACAAGUGCCCAGGCUGAAACUAUAUUAGCAGUAGCUUGUCAGCGUGAGUCAGAUAAUGCCCGACGAAUGCGCCUUGGUCUUGAACCCGUUGCACAGCCUUAUCCAUAUUCAGUUGCCUCAAGUUCAGCAUCUAAUGUAUUUCAACAACCGGCUGGUUCUCUACAAUUGAACCAAAACGGUAGUGGUGGAGCCACAUUGCAAAUGUCAUCGACGUCAUCAGACGAAGACGCCGGUGGAGGUGACAGUAGUUUUGAAAAAACGUCCACUAAUGUUAUUGAAGCUGACACUGAGCAUCGCAAUAGUAACGACGAUGCUGAAAACCGAGAUGGUUGUGACCGUCGAGAGAAUGACGAAUCUAUUGAAGGCGGUUCUGGAGGUGAUUCCGCAAAUAUGUCAAACACCGUUAAUGAUGAAUUGAACUUAUCAGUUGUGACUUGUGGAGCUAGCGUUACAUCUUCAUCUCCUAAUAAUAAUGAAACUGCUGGACCAACCGACCUCAGUGUUAAUAAAACUUCUUCUGCCUUGACCCACAAUAUGGGUACUAGUACUGUAACUGCUAUUCCGCCAGCACCUACAGGAGGUGGAUAUAUGAGUGGUUCUGGUUUUAGAGGUCUCUCUACAACCACAUCAACUACAACAGUCAAUCAUCGUCGAAUCAGCAGUAACAACUCAUCUUCAGCUACUGGUAUGCUGCAGCUGUUUCCAACUAUGAACACGACGACCAGUAUCUCUAGUGGUAGUACUCCCACACUUCCAAUACAACCCUCGAUGCUUAAUCAAACAACACCACCUGUACAACCAAGCAGUAAACUUUUGAACAAAGCCGACGUGGUAACUGUAAGGCAGCUCAUCGCUGGCUAUAGGGAAUCAGCGGCUUUUCUAUUGCGUUCCGCUGAUGAAUUAGAACACCUUUUGUUAUUACGAGGAUGAUUCGAUCAUACACAAUCGUAGAAUAGUCAAUAAACGUGUUAUUUUUUUUUUUUUAAUAUCUCUGUUUUUAUGUAAAG